CUGCCUGCUGAUUGGUUGAUGUGUAGCACACAGCGGGGAACGAUACAUUUUCUAAGCGUCCUGCCCACACGUGGAGCUCGUUGUUCUACCGGCCGGCGAGACACGUUGUGUGUGGGGGAUCGCACCGAGCGGGAUUUAUAGCGGAUUUAUUGCGGAUUUAUUCUCUAUCACCGGGACGGGUUAAUAUGCUGCUAGCUACCCAGAGCCGUUUUACUGAACCACAUAUGGCGCUCCAGUGUUAUUACCGGCAGGGUCACUCUCCUGCCGGCAUUGCGACACCAUCAUCCAUCUUUUCAGCGGCUGCAGAUCAGGGGUCUCUGUGUGAAGUGAAAGAACCAUUUGAGAACUGCUACCAAGUGGGUCCUGUCAUUGGUACCGGCGGAUUUGGUACAGUCUACUCUGGUGUCCGGAUCUCCGAUAAACUACCUGUUGCUAUCAAGCAUGUUUCUAGAGAUCGGAUUGGAGAGAUGAAGCACAUGAAUGGAACACUGGUUCCCCUUGAAAUAUAUCUUCUCAAAAAAGUGUCAAAUGGCUGUCGGGGUGUCAUCCGGCUGCUGGACUGGUACGAGAGACCAGAUGGCUUCAUCAUCAUCAUGGAACGGCCGGAGCCUGUACAGGACUUGUUUGACUUCAUCACAGAAAGGGGAGCCUUGGGAGAAGAGCUGGCCACAAAUUUCUUCCGGCAAGUGGUGGAAGCGGUUCGCCACUGCCAUUCCUGUGAUGUUGUCCACCGUGACAUCAAAGACGAGAAUAUUUUGGUUGAUCUCAGGACAGCAGAGCUGAAGCUGAUAGACUUUGGGUCCGGCGCCCUUCUCCGGGAUGCUGUGUACACAGACUUUGACGGUACACGAGUAUACAGCCCUCCAGAGUGGAUCCGGUUCCACAAAUACCACGGAAGGUCUGCCACAGUGUGGUCCCUGGGGAUCUUGCUGUAUGACAUGGUCUGCGGAGACAUACCCUUUGAACAUGACGAUGAAAUCCUGAAGGGCAAGAUCCAGUAUCGCUGCAGGGUGUCCAGAGAGUGUCAACAUCUGAUUGAGUGGUGUUUAUCCAAGAGACCCUCAGACAGACCAUCUUUGGAGCAAAUCCUGGCCCAUCCCUGGAUGUCCCAGGAUAACUUCCUUGACAAAAAGGACAAUGGCAAAGUGUCACGAAAGCUUGACCAAGAGGCCACCACCACAAGCAAGGACAGCCUCUGAUCACCUAAAGAGACACUCCCUGAGUGAAAUGGGAUGGAUCUGAGAUGCAGUCCCUGAAAGGAUGGGCUGGCGUGGACCUGUGCACCCAGUCUGCAAGCUGGGAUUCCCAGGGGGACAGAAGGAGCUGUCCCACCAGAGCGAGAUACCUCAUGGGAUCCCAGAAAGGGACUUCUGCCUAGACAUGUGGUGACCUCAGACUGUGAUACUUUCCUUAGAGGCUCCUCCUCCUUUCUAAUAGAUGGACUCUGAAGGUGUGAGGAGAUGAGAAGGGUUUGGGGCCUAAGUGGCCCUUGUUGGGGUUGAAAGAGCAAUUAUACAAUGCAUUUUGCUUAACUACUUAUCCCUGUAACAUCAUGGGUUCUUAAUCUGCCGACGGCACGGGUUUUCUUUUUUCAUAUUUUUUUACCAUCCCUAAGUAUUUGCUCAUUUUGAAUGUGCGUUCACCUCCAAUAUACAUCAGGGGGGGAGUUAAUAUAUUCUCUGGCAUAUGCUAUCCUCUAGUAAGACCACCAAGAAAAACCAAUAGAUAAUAGAAAUGUUCCAUAUUGAUAUUUUGGUACUUCCCGCUUGCACGGAGCGCCGGUUGUGGUGGCAGCCAUAUACAUUGCCAAGGCUUUGGUUACAUUGAAUGCACCUUUCAAAAUGCUGCUUUGAUAAAUACUAAGGCUUGAUGUGGAAAAUUGCAGGUUUUGCACUGCCGUUGCCCUCUGUAGAUUUAGCGCAGGUUCUAAUAAGAGGGAAUGAGAGCAGUCAUUGGCUGUGAGUGCGAAGAACUUGUGUUUCAAUAUUUUUUUUAUUUUUAUCCAUUGUGCAGAAUGGAGAGACUCAUCUGCACCAGUUCUCCUGGGCUGGAAAUGUCUUAACAAGCAGUGAAACGUACAACGCUAAACACAAUCUCGUUGUGGAGUUACAAUUUUUUUUUUUCUUGUUUUUUUUGUGUAUUAACUCUCUGUGUGCAGCAUUGCUGCUGGUGAGGGUUAAUUUUAAAUCUUCCUCAGGGAAUCGAAUGCCAGACAGGUUUUACUGGCUGAACCUGACUUUUCCUAGUCUGUCAGGGAAUCAAUGACUCUUCCGCAAAAAAUAUAUAUAUCUAUUCCACGCCUUGAGUGAGAAUGUCUGUAAUUUAUUUAGUGCUUCAAAAACAAAAAAGCCAUUUUUUUCAAUUGAAACAGUGCUAGAGACUUCACUUUCUCCAACCUUACUGGGCUUCUCCCUCCCAUUGCCUUAGAUUUUUCCAUCUGUCAAAAACAUUCGUUUUAAAUUGGCCAUGAAUUUUUCUUUUUUCUGUUGCAUUGAGUAUAUCUGUCCCUCUUAUGUUGAAUCAGUUUGGGACAGAGGUGACCUACCUGGGUCAGCCUUUACAUUUUUUUUUUUUUGGUCCUGCAAGUCCAAUGCCUUUCUAUUUUGUUUGUAUGGAUCAGUACCAGUACAUCCUUGUACCAUGACAAGCAUUGAAUGUGUGAUAUGAGAGAAUUCCUGUAACAGGAAUGUCUGAGCACUCCUUAUUCCAAUAUUCAGUGCAAUAGAACUGGGGGGGUGAAGCAGUAGGGCAGAUCUGCUAUCUACCCAACUUAAUGGGCAGGGGAUUGCUUUGUGCUAGUAGAGAUGGGCUCUCUGCACAGCAAGGAAUGAAAUUGAUCAAUAUGAUGUUAAAGCACAGCCAUGCUUCUUCCUGAUUAUGCACGUCACACCCCAAUGCAGACAUUUGGCCAAUCCAGUCCGGCCAAACUUAAAAAAGCAAUGAAAAAUGUCAAAUUUAUUUAAGUGCAUUCUUCGAUGUAAUUUUAUUUGCUGCUUUUGUUUUCUGCAGCAUUUGCAGAGAUCUGGGGGGGGGGGGGGAAAUAAAUCCUGAAAAGCGGUCUCGUUUACAUCAGGGGUGGGCAGAUGCAGCUGAACUGGGCAUCCCACAAUGGGAACAUGUUGUAGUUCAGCUACAUCUGAAGGGCUUCUGGCUCCCCCCCACUCCUGGUUUACAUUGUGAGAUCUCAGGGUGGGGAAGGGGAUCUGUCAAAUGAUCUGUUUGGACAGAUGAAGGUAUCGUCCGUCAGUAUCUUCCACUGACCGGACGGUACCAUAGACCAGGGACGUAAUCUUCAGUGCUGCAGCUGCUUUGCAACCACAGCUUCAGGAUAUCUGGGGCUUGGGGGGAGCAGAACAGCUGAGGGCUUGAAGGAUCCCUAUCCGUAUUAUUGACUUUAUUUACUAAUGGGGUCUUCCUGGCCAAAACACAAAAAAAAAUGCUUGCAUACCUGCGUGACCUGGUUGGCAAUGCAGAUUCCUGUAGUUAUGAAAGGGUUAAGCCUUUCCUAAUAAAUCAUUCCCAUGUCCGCUAAGAAAAGUAAAAAAAUAACCCUUUGCUGUCCAAAGACACGAACUGCAAAGGUCCACCUGGCGAAAGGGUUAAGAGAUUUGUGGGGGGUAUUUGGGGUAUAUCCUGUACCUUUUAUGCAGUGUUCACUGGUUAUGUCCUAAUUUAUUUAAUUUAAUCUGUGUAAACUCAUGCCUUUCAUUAGUAUCUAUUUUGUUCGAGAAAAACUUUAUUUAUGAUAGAGACCUUUUUUGGGUUUCCAUUUGAAUUAUGAACUGAACGGUAUUUAUAAAAAAAAAAAAGACAAAUUUUGUUAUUCUGGAGAUCAGAUUUUUUUGCCUUUGGUCAGUUUUAUUUAAGUGUUAAUUUUAUCUAUUUCUUUUAAUAAAAUUUUUUUUUACCAAGUA